GGGUAUGAUUGGACCAUGAAACAAGCCUCCUGGGCUUUAGUAACUUUUCUUUAUUUUAUUUGGUUGGCAAACGAAACAAAAGGCGAGGCCCAGAAAGAAAGCUCCCCCGUGACAUCCUCUACAAAGCUAAAAAAAAAAAAACAAACAAAAGCAAAAGGAAAGAAGAAAAGCUUUCAAUCUCUCUCUCUCUCUUUCCUUUUAAAAACAAACACGCUAACAUCAUCCAAAACCAUAGAAAUCUGCAAAUACAACAGUUGUGAGAGAACACAGAAAGAAAGAGCUAGAGGAAGAAGAAGAAACACCAUGAGAAGAAGAGAAGGCAAAGGAACUCCUCCAGCAGACCUCUUAGUCUGCUUCCCUUCUCGAGCCCAUCUAACCCUUAUGCCCAAGCCCAUUUGCAGUCCAGCGCGGUCGAAUGAGUCUACUAGCAGUAGCAGUACCAAGCGCCAUCACCAUCUUCUCACAAGGUCUAGAAACAGGGUUGGCCAAGCUAGCCCUCUCCUUUGGCCCAAAACCAAGACCACGGGCUCGGAGAUCGCCGAACCCACCUCUCCAAAAGUCACAUGCGCCGGCAAGAUCAGAGUCAGGCCCACAUCGAGUUCCUGUAACAACUGGCAAACAGUCAUGGAAGGCAUCGAGAAACUUCACAACAGGCGAAAACAGAAGAAGAAGAAGAAGAAGAAGAAGAGCCCCACUUGGCUAGAGACUCUCGGAUUCAGGAAAGACAUAAUGCAGAUUUUGACUUGUUUACGAAGCUUUCGCUUCCAUUUACGGUGCUUUGGUUCCUUUCAUGGCUCAGUCGUCACUUCUGAUGGCGAAGAAGAUGAAGAAGAAGAAGAAGAAGAGUAUCAACAAAAGCAAGAAAGCCAAGCGAGUACAGAGGAAAAUGAUAGUGGUGAUGCUUCGAGAACUAUCUUUUCAAAGUGGUUUAUGGUAUUGCAAGAAAAUCAAAAUAAUGUUUUUAGCAAAGAAGAAAAGUACAGAGAGGAGAGAAACGAGACUUGUGAUGGUGAAGGAUCAGAAUCGGAUGCCGCUCCUGCCGCUCCUCCUUCGAGUGCUCUCUUGCUCAUGCGUUGUAGGUCCGCACCCGCUAAAGGCUGGCUAGAAGAGAAAGAUCUAGUGCGAAAAGAAGAAGAAGAAGAAGAAGAAGAAGAAGAAGAAGAAGAAGGAGGAGGAGGAGGAGGAGGAGGAGGAGGAAACAAAGAAAAGUUGGCGCUGGAAGAAAAGAAGAAGAAAGAGAAAUUGAUAUUGAUGAGUUAUGCUCCUGAUUUCUUUAAGGUAUCUCCUGAUAUUGCAAAGGAGACUUGGAUUGUUGGUGGGAUAAGAGAUCAAUUUUCUAGGAGUCGAAGUUGUAAGAGAUGAAUUGAAGGUUAUGAACAUUAUAUUGUGAAUAAUCUGCUUUUCCUUAUUUUUCGUUUGACCAUUUUACUUUGCUGUGUUUAAUAAUUAAUGUUAUUGUUAAUUAGUUGGCUUUCGUGUUCAUUUCCCUUUGGACUUUGGAGAAUCCAACAAAAAAUUCUAAGCCCAAAACUUGUUCCUGUGUUUGGUUAAUUGAUCUAAGUUGUGCUAAGUUAGUAAACAACUUUCCUUUUCUUGUUUUUUUAUGGGAACAGAGUUUGGUCUCACGCGCAAAGGUUUUUGUGACUUGUGAAAUGUUACUAUUGUUUCCAUUCCAUUUAAUAAGAAGUGUUUUGUCCUUGCAGAA